AUGGGAUGGGUACUAUUUCGAAAAGAGGAGCUAAAGGCCCCUCAAAGAUGCAUUGCACAUCAAGCUAAGCAGUAUCUCGGUUUUACUUGCUACAGCUCAAUUUCGCGAGCAAAUGCCAAGUGCAGUUUCGCAAUAUCUAGUCACGUCUCCGAGUUUAGCUUUGAUAUCAUCGCCUUACCACCAUCUGGUUCGCAGUUAGAAAGUCAACUACCUGGACACCUAGAUGUCGUGAAAAUAUCUCACCCUUUAACGGAUACAUUAGAUAUGGGCGAAACAGAUGAUAGCAUAGAAGCAAGAUUUGCCAAACUAGAAGAGUUCAUGAAUUAG